AAACAAACACCCAGAGCGGAUACGCCCAUAAGACAGCGCGUUUGCAAGCGAAUUCGCCCCGAUCUGCUACCAACUAGAGGAAAUGAGCUUGACGACAGGACAGAAAACAUAAUCAAUUUGACUGUUUUCAUGAAAGUCAGAAUUAAAUUAAAAUUGACAUCGGUGUGAGGGGCAAACACCUCGUAGCAACGUAGCAAGUCGCAGCAAAGGAGAAUUUAGAGUGUGCGCGCUCACGCAAAGUGGGACGGGACGGGUUCCUGCACAACACCUAACAGAGACUUUUAACUUGAAAACGAGCAGGAUAUACCUAUUUCCGGUUAGUUUCGCGUUCAGUUAAUCUAACAUUGGGUUUGCUUUUAACUCUGAGAGGGCUGGAGUUUUGAAUAAAUCUACGAAGACUUUUUUGGAAGAACGGGAUCCAAUUUUAAAUCGGGUUGAAGAAGAAAUGCAGCGGAACAGUGACACAGAGAAAAUGGAUGAGGACUCUGUGAGUGAGCAGAGUUUUAACUCAACCUACAGAGAUUUUUUUGGAGAAGAACAGGAUCCACAGUCAGAUGGUUUUGACAGGGUUAAUGAAGAAAUCCAGCAGGACAGUGACAUGGAGAAAAUGGAUGAGCACAGUUUUGACUCCACAUACAGUGAUUUUUUUGGAGAAGAACAGGAUCCAUCUUCAGAUUGUGGAUGUGACUCUGACCUUUUGGAGGCGACUCCUUCAACCCUUGUAAGUGCUUCAUCCACACACAGAAAAUCUGCCCCCGUCCGGCCAUCCAGAGCCCAGAAGCGGGAUAGGACACCAGCUGCCACCACCACUGAGGGUGAGGACCGCUGGCACACUGAGCUGGAGGAUGAUGUGAUGCCACCUCCACCAGUAUUUCGACCUAAAAGGAAGCCGGGACCUCAGCUGGACAUGACUGGGAAGUAUAGGGUCCUUGAACUCUUCCAGUUGUUUUUUACCUCAUCAGUUCUUCUAACACUGGUGUCCAACACCAACAAGUAUGCAGCUAAGAAGUAUGCCGGCAGCAAAGGUGGGUGGAAGCCCAUUUCCCUCAGCGACUUCUGCAACUACCUUUCCCUGGUCAUAUACAUGGGCAUAGUGAAGUUGAGAACCCUGAAGGACUAUUGGAAGAGCUCAAAACUCUACCGGCUGCCUUUUCCUAAAAGUGUCAUGUCUGCUGGUAGGUUCAUGUCUAUCACACGGGCACUUCACAUCGCUGACCCUCAGGAUGAUGAUGACAAUGAGAAGAAGAGAGGCACAGCAAGCUUCGAUAGGCUCUGCAAAAUCAAACCUCUUUAUUCCAGCAUUGCAGAGGCCUGCAGGACCCAUUUUCAGCCCACCCAGAACCUGUCUAUAGAUGAGAGGAUGGUAGCCUCAAAGGCUAGAACUGCUCUGAAACAAUAUAUGCCUAACAAGCCGACAAAAUGGGGUUUCAAACUGUUUGUUUUGGCCGAUUCAGCGUGUUCCUACACCUUCAAUUUUUUUAUUUAUGAGGGAAAAUCCAUCUCAGCCAGCGGUAAAGGACUUGGUUAUGAUUCUGUCAUGCAAUUACUGGAUUUGCCAUUGCUAGGGACUGGCUACAAACUGUUUGUGGACAGUUUUUACACAAGCCCAGCCUUGUUUACAGACCUGAGGGAGCUGAACGUCUGGUGUUGUGGCACUGUUCGUCAGACGACCACCUUGUCCAGAAGAGCGGGUUAUCCCACAACAAAAGUAAACGACAUGCCUAAGAGGGCUGAUAGGGGCACCAUUCGAUGGAUCCGCAAAGACAGCCUGCUCUUUGCAAAAUGGAUGGAUGCCAGAGAGGUGGUCAUGUGCUCCAGCAUCCACAAAUCGUACAGUGGCAAUCACGUCAAUAGACGUGUGAAGGACGCUAACGGGCGGUGGGGAUUCCAAAAAGUCCCCGUUCCAGACACCGUGAGUGACUACAACAAGUAUAUGGGAGGUGUGGACCUGUCGGACGCGCUGAUAGGCUACUACAAUGUUCUCCACAAGACAAUGAAAUGGUACAAGACCUUCUUCUUUCACUUCAUCGACAUUGCCGUGGUGAACGCAUGCAUCCUCCACCAGCAACUGGCUCAGUACCAGGGACAAGCCAAGUUGACACAACUAAACUUCAGAGAGCUGCUCAUCCAGGAGCUUGCUGGCUUGGAGGCCAUAUCCCCUCCCCCAAAAAGCAACCCGCCUCGCUCUAUUCCUGCCCCCACCACUGCCCCCACCACUCACCUGCCAAAAUACAACAACGCUGACAAGAAUGUGCCUCAAGGCCAGAAGGGCACAGUAGGGAGGCGUCGUUGUAGUCUGUGCCACAAGAAGACUCCCAUCUUAUGCGCAACUUGCAACGUCAUGCUCUGCUUCACAGCAGAAAGAGACUGCUUUGGGGCUUGGCAUAAGCAGAACAAACAUGAGUAGACCACUGUGUCUAGGGUAUUCUCAACAGUAAAACAGUACAGUGUGUCAAUUGUUUUUUUCUGUUCAGACUCGGGACAUUAGAUCAGUGUUUGCUGCUAACGUGGCCCUCAUUGUAAUUACUUCAGAUGUGCAUUAUUGGAUCUGCAUUGUUGUUGUGUUUCUUGUUAGUAACAUUCACGUAGGGAAUCUAAUGACUUGACAGAAAUUACCAUAUAGGCCUGAUUUGUUGAGUGCAGCAGAGACCGUUGUCCUGGCAGGUUCUUCCAUCUCUGCAGAGAAACUCUGAAGCUGUGUUAGAGUGGCUUUUGGGUUCUUUGUCACCUCCCUGACCACGGCCCUUCUUGCCCGGUUACUUAGUCUGGCUGGGCGGACAGAUUUAGGAACUCUCUGGGUGGUUCCAAACUUCUUCGGGUUCACAAUGAUGGAGCACACUGUGCUUCCCCAGAUGUAUUAUCCCGUACAAUCUUAUCUGGGAGGUCAAUCGAGAGUUAGGUCAUGGCUUAUUUUUUGUUCUGACAAGCAAUGUGAAUUGUGGGACCUUUAUAUAGUUAGGUGUGGGCAUUAUAAAUCGUGUUCAAUCAAUUGAAUUUGCUUCAGGUGGACUCCAAUUUAGAGCCAUAUCAAGGAUUAUCAAAGGAAACAGGAUACAUCUUAGCUCAUUUUUGAAUGUCAGUUUUUUUGUUUUUUUUGUCCAGAAACAUGUUUUUGCUUUGUCAUUUAGGGUGUAGAUUAAUGGCAAAAAGACAUUUAAUUGUAUGUUAAUUCUAUAACACAAUGUGAAGGGGUCUGAAUGCUUUCCGAAAAAGCAUUUUUAAUUAUACUUUUGGGGGAAUGGAAUGCCACAAGCAGAUGAAUACGAACAUUUAAAAUGUAUCCCUCGACUGGACUGUAACUUUUAAAGGAAGAACAUUUAGCUGGUAAUAUACAAAGUCAUCUCUGCCUUUUUAUCAGUGGCUGCAAACUUGUCAUUGUGUCUUUGCAGCCGCUGUCUAACCAAUGAUAUUUACGUUGCUGGUGGUUUGAUUGUGUGACGCUGGACCAAGGGCAUGCAGUCCCAGCAGUCCCCAGUGUGUCACCUCUUACAGCUGUCUGUUUGUAGCGCAUGCCUGGGUUAG